GAGCGUGACUGCCGCCGAUCGCGGUUCCAUAUCCCAUUCAUAUCCUCCCCGCGGCGCGCGGCCGCGCCAGCACCACCCAGCAACCAGAUGCGCAGCCGACCCGCCAGUAUGGCAGCGGGGCCCACCCCAUCCGCCGCGGCGGCGUCGUUGCGGCCGCCGCCGCCGUGUUUCGACUACCGGGCGGCCGUGCUCGCCGACACGCGCGCCGCCGCCGCAGGGAACCCUGCGCUGGCGGGGCUGAUCGAGUCCGGUGCGCUCGUGCGCGUCCCGCGGCGGCGGUUCGGCCCGGUCCCGGCGUGGCGCCCGCCAGACUUCGUGGAGCCUGAGGAUGUGUGGAUCCUCGGCACCUCGCACCUCUCCCGGGACUCCGUCGCCGACGUGGAGCGCGUCCUCCGCGCCGUCCAACCCGACAAUGUCGUCGUCGAGCUCUGCCGGAGCAGAGCUGGAAUCAUGUACGCGUCCAGUGAUUCUUCCGACGAGCCGCUUUUGAAGUCCAACAUGUUCUCUCUCGGUGGCUCCAAGUUCUUCGGCGCAGUCAGUAGAAGCAUCAACCUGGGUGGGCAGAGCGCUCUUGCUCUGCGUCUGCUCCUCGCUGUUUUUUCGUCUAAAAUUGCUUCCAGUGCGAACCGGCCGUUUGGAGAAGAGUUCCGGGCAGCUAGGAGGGUGUCUGAAGAUAUUGGAGCUCAGCUUGUUCUUGGGGAUCGCCCCAUUGAAAUAACUCUUGAACGAGCAUGGAAAUCCCUUACAUGGGAUCAAAAGGCAAAGCUACUAAUCUCACUGUUCCGCGGAAUUACUUCUAAGACUCACACGCCGCAGGAUGAGAAAGCCGCCGUCAGCCCAUACGAGUUGUACGAGAAACUGAGCACAUCUUACCCUGCACUGUUGCAGCCUCUCAUACAUGAGCGCGACAUGUUCCUCGCAUGGUCGCUGAAGAGGAGCAAGGCUGUGAACAAGAGCAGAACUGUCGUCGGAGUUGUAGGGAAGGGGCACAUCAAUGGCAUCGUGUACGCGCUGAUCUCUGACCAGGGGGAUCUGAGGUUCCGAGACCUUGUUGGUAGAGCAUCAUCUGAUACAUGGGUCAGCUCACUCGUCAAGGGCCUGGUAAGGGACACUGUAAUUGGUCUGGUCCUUUGGGCUCUGUAUGAACAGCUGCAGGCUGUGCUGUAGAGUAGAUGGUUCAGACUUCCACAAGGCACACAAACUCGGUACUGUUCUCAACUUCUUACAAGCUGAAACAGUGGAACUGAAAUCCGAUACCAGCGGAAAUCUAAAACUUGUUCGAAGUGCCUGUACAUGAACUUGAUACUGUCCCUGUUCUUCACAAGGUUGAUUACUUGAUUAAAGUACCUGUACAUGAACUGUCAACUGCUGUUUUAUCUUCUGAAUACAUCUACAUUGGACAACAAAACACUACCUGUAUUUUUCUACUUUUUUGCCAUUUCAUAUUUGGGUAAAGCAAAAAAAAAAGAUGCAUUAUGUGUA